AUGGCUCUAUUUCAUCUUAUCAUAUUAACGGUGUUCAUUCGGAAUCUCUCGAUCGCUACCGAGCGACACACGAGAAACUAUGAUACGGAGUUCUGCAUCAUUGGAGCAGGGCCAGCUGGUCUGCAACUUGGGUACUUUUUCGAGAGAUCAAGAAUGGACUAUUUAAUAUAUGAGCGAUCUAAUAUAUCAGGUAGUUUCUUUGUGAAGUAUCCACGUCACGGGAGACUUAUCAGUAUUAACAAGCGAAAUACCGGAAGUAGCAACAAAGAGUUCAACCUCCGCCACGAUUGGAACUCUUUACUCAGCGACGACGACAGAAUGUUAUUCCGACAUUACUCGUCUGAUCUAUUUCCUCACAAGGACACCAUGAUAAGGUACCUCAAUGAUUACUCGAAACACUUUCGUUUGAAAGUUAAGUACAAUACAGAGAUUAGCAACAUCCGAACGACAAUGACGAUUGACAAUGGGAACCAUCCGGUGUUCCGAAUGGACGAUCAGAAUGGUAAAACUUCAACUUGCAAGGUGGUCAUACUAGCUACCGGUUUAUUUAAGCCGUACGUUCCAGACUUGCUCGGAGUGGAGUUGACUGACAGCUAUGAUACUCUCUCCGUUGACCCAGAAGACUAUGAGGCCAAAUCCGUAAUGAUAUUAGGCCGAGGAAAUUCUGCUUUUGAGACAGCCGAUGCUAUCUAUUCCAAGACGAACUUUAUCCACAUGGUUGGGCGAAGUAGGAUAAGAUUAGCAUGGGAAACGCACUACGUUGGAGAUAUCAGGGCAGUAAACAAUGGCUUGCUUGACACGUACCAACUUAAGUCACUCGACGGUCUGAUGGAGUUCGGUAAUGUAACAGCUUUCCGUGUAGUGUCGGAGGGAGGUAAGCUCUUCCUGCGAGAUCGGGAAAACUCGACGGCGGGUCACCCUUUCGACAAUGAUCCACUUAAUACUCCAUACGACAAGAUUAUCAGAUGUCUCGGCUUCAUGUUUGACAAGUCAAUUUUCAAUAAUGAAUCAUGGGUACCUUCGUGGCAAGGUCGCAUGGCAAAAUACCCCAAAAUACGACAAGAUUAUCAGUCACCUGUCAUGCGCGGACUUUUCUUCGCUGGAACUAUGGCUCACUCAUUAGAUUACCGAAAAUCUGCCGGAGGUUUCAUCCAUGGCUUUCGGUAUACAGCUCGCGCGCUAUUCAACAUCCUACGGCACAAAUACAAGAAAAAGUCAUGGCCAAACGUGCGCUUGCCACUCACUGACCUCUCAACAACAAUACUCAAGCGUGUUAACGAGGCAUCCGGACUCUACCAGAUGUUCAGUGUCCUUGGAGACAUCGUGCUUAUUAAUCGAGAAGAAGAAACUUUUCGGUAUAUUGAGGAGUUUCCUUUGCGAAUAUUGCACCAUUUAGAGUAUGUGACAGGUAUUGACAUUGGGAAGGCCUCCGUGUUGGUCGUAGUGUUACAGUAUGGACAUGAUUUUCAUGGUCCCCAGGAAGAUGUGUUCCGAGUGGACAGAGCUAGUACCGAUCCUAUAUAUGCUGAGUUGUCGAACUUUCUGCACCCUGUCCUCUAUUAUUACGAUAUUAUACCGAACCAGGAAGCCAUGGCGUCAGUCAGACGCCCAGAAUUCCUUCCGGUGCCUGAUGAGAUUCAUCAUGUUUUAGAAGAUUUUACAACACAAUGGAACCGACCACAAUCACAUGUCGAACCUCUUCAUAUAUUUUUAGAAGAGUUUUUAAAAAUCCCUUCACAAAUCGGAAUUUCUCACCAAGAAUGCGUUUUGGUCUCUUUAACGAUGUAUAAAUCUCCAAUGAAUUGUAGACAUUUUCUCGACCGACAUUCAGUCAUAUAA